UUGGGGCUCUGUAUCACCAUGACGGGGGUCACUGUGUGCUGUGGGGCGGUGAACUCUAUCAAGGCUCUGUGGGAAACCAGGAUAAAGAAAAGCAAAGAUGAACUGAAGAAGGAGAUAGAGCAGAGAGACAGGAGAGCAGUGGGUAGGUUGACAGGUGCUUGGGAGGAUCGUAUCACUUUGGCCAAGCUAAAGGAAAAAGUUGUGACAGAGGAAGGGCGCGUCAUCCUGCGUAUUGAACAGGAGAAGAGCAAGACUCUUCCUCCAGCUCUAGUUCAACUCUCCCAGAUCCAAGAAUGGCAGUUACACCGAAUAGGACUUAAAAAAAUCCCCCGGUUCAUCUCAAGCUUUGAGAGUCUCAUAGUCUUGGACCUGUCUCGCAAUUCAGUCACAGAAAUACCUAAAGAAAUCGGCAAACUAACUCGGUUAAGAGAGCUGUUUUUGAGCUAUAAUAAAGUAAGCUGCGUACCAGAAGAACUUGGUUGCUGUGAAAAUCUGGAGAAACUGGAACUUUCAAUGAACGAAAAUCUGGAUGAGUUGCCGACUCAGCUUAGCAAUCUAAAGAAGCUGUAUCACUUGGACCUCUCCAUGAACCAGUUCACCACCAUCCCAGAUUGUGUGGUCAACCUUCCUUCUCUAGAGUGGCUAGACAUGGGCAGCAACAGGUUGGAAAGUUUGCCAGAAGAUAUUCACAGAAUGGAGAAACUUCACACCUUGUGGCUCCCAAGAAACGAACUAGAGUACCUGCCAGACAAUAUCUGUCGCAUGCAAAGUCUGGACACGCUAGUUCUGAGCAAAAAUAAACUACGAGACAUUCCUCCACUUAUGGAGGGCAUGAGUAACCUCAGGUUUGUGAAUUUCCGAGACAAUCCUUUGACAUAUGAUGUGACGCUUCCUGACUUAAAAGAGGAUGCAGAUGAAGAAGAGAAUGACAGGGAGAUGUUUGGUCGCGAGUUCAUGCACUUCUACAUCCAAGAGGCCCGGAAAAGAGGAUCCCAAACUUUCACAUCAGUGAUAAAUGUGACAUUGGAAGGCGUGUCAGAGACCGCAUCUUCUUUGUGACUUGCAUGCUGGCUUCUGUCUUGAUCUGCCGGUCCAUCAUGUCAAGUUUGUUCCCC